AUGGCCUCGCCGUUGGGAUUUUAUCCUGAGCUUCUGCCGAGUCAUCCUCCGAACUACCAUAAGCAGCCAACCUUGAAAAAGACUGCCCCUUCCGAGCCAAAAGGGUUGGUAACUUAUAUCUUCCAUGACCUCCAUGCCGUCGACUAUUUCAAGGAUGCUUUUGCUGGCGAAUUUUACAUGAUGGAAGAGACUAGUAUUAGUGGUAUUGACAUCUAUAUGGUUGAACAGUGGGUUAUUGACAGGAAAAUUGGAACCGUGGUCGCCGCAUACACUGGUAAUGUCACAAAUCGUGUCCGUGCUGUUAAGUUCCGGGUUGAAAAAAAGCAAAGUCGACAUUACCCUGUCAAGUUUCAAGAAUACAUCAACUGGUUAGCUGUGAAUCAUGCUCGGAUGAAGCUGAUGGAGGAGCCGAGGAAUGAUUCGCAACUGCUGGUGAAUCUAGAGGAACACAACCAAGAAGUUUGUUUCGUUACAAAUUUGGCAUCCCUUCCGCUGUAUCUCAACUUAAUACCUAUCCCAGAUGGUGACGUGAGAAAGGUUUCAACCAACUUUGUCAUAAACUCGAAUCUCAAACGUCUUAGAUGUUCAGGGCGGUCGAUGCUGUUGAUCACCCCGAAAAUAUCUGAUGCCAAUGUUGAUAAGUUUCGGCAGAUUUACCGAAUUUGCAAUGCAAAUAUACCGUGCCAAUUUUCUGUUAGGGAGUUGGUGAACGUUAUACAGAUUUCAUUGUGGUACUUUGGCUUAUUGGAUAUAAAUUAUGCUGAUGGGUUACUUUGUCGCAAGACGGAAGAAGCCAUAUCAAAUUGGUGGACCAGAGUCGCGAUGGUUCAUCUUCGACAUGUGAAAAAACAACCAGAAAGUGAAGGUAUUUUACCUGCUGAUACUGUGGCAGCAAUUAUUGGAAUGGUCUUACUGUGUCGAAUGAGAUUGAAUAUGGUAGGCUGCGAUCCUCCCAAGGACCCAUACGAUUUCGAAAACUUUGUUCACACUGUGACGCAAUUCCAAAAACUGAAGAAUUUGCCGGUAACCAAAAAGCUUGAUCUGGAAACUUUACAAAGGUUAUUCGAAUUGACCAGUACCAAAGUCAUCAGCAACAACAAACCCGUAAUUAGCAUUGAUGAUGAUGAUGAAGAGCGAAUGCCUUAUUUGUCAAAGAAAAAUCGACAUUAUUACUCUAAGGAACUCAAAAAGUUUACCAAUGUUGUGAAAAAUACAGUACAGGACCAUAUCAAUGCUGCUGGAUCCAAAGAAGAGGAUAUGAUCAAUUCGAAGUCUGGAGUUAUGAUUCGAAACAAGAUCUCCAAAUUAGCUGAACCUAUGAACCCGGCUGAUGUGGAAGCCUUGAAAUUGGAUACUUUGGUCAAGGGCUAUUUACCGGGAAAAACCUUGAAUCGUUUAUUUUACGGUGUUACCAAGUCUAGUCUCUCAAACUUGCCCAUUGAUAUGAAUGGUCAUAUUCGUGGAUCACAACUAAUGCAACUGAAAAACUCCUACGAAUUCAUGUCUCUUUAUCUGAAGGUUCUGCUGUGGGGGCCUCUAUUCAGCGAAGGACAAGCUGGAGAUUUGCUGAAGUAUUCUCGUGGAUUAAAGCGAAUGGGCUUGAAGAAGACCUCCUCCCUGGUACGCCCAAUGGUUACGGAGACUGAGUCUAAGACUCAAGAGUCGGUACAUGUUACUGCGCCUGAUAUUAUACAAGAUGACGCUGGUGACUCAAAGUCCACAACAACUACAGUGUCGUAUCGACCCCUCACCCACUUUCGGAAUGCCUUGAAUAGGCGAAACUCGUAUCCAUUUUCUGCUCAAGAAAUAAAUUUGAACAUGUUGGAGCACACAAAACUCGAUGUAAAUCAUGAUGCUAAAGUGCUUGACACGCAUAUCCGUUUAGUCAGAUCUCAAAGCUGCUCAGAAAUUGAGGAAUACAUUCUUCGACCAGCAAAGUCUACAACAAAUACGAUGACAAAGUUUUCACUUGAUUAUUUGCAAAAGGUUGAAUUAUUUAUCAGAUAUCUGUCUCUUCGGAAGUUGUACGACUCUGACUUCAGUGCUGAUGCUUGUGCGUGUACCACUAAUGCAAAUGUGGUUAGAAAUUUCGGGGUAUUGAAUCAUGAUUUGUAUCGUCUUCAGACCGCUUAUUCGCAAAUGACCGCUAACAAGUCCAAAAUCAUAGACGAGGAAUUGCAAGGAAAGUUAGAAUACCAAAUUAAUCAACUCAAUUCCACCGUUGAUAGACUCGACUACGAGUUGAGGUUGGUUGAUAAGCGGGUUGAUGAAUUUGAAAAGCUGACGAACGAUUUAGAAAUGGUUGUGACUAAUCAUCAGAAGCGGUUAACUCAUAUGGCGGAAGGUGUGGUGAACUCUGAAGGGUUUUUUCAGGUCUGCCCCUCGCGUUCCGAGCGUCGUGACAUAGAGGUGAAGCUUUUGGGAAAACCCAUUAAUCAUUUGAAUACCUACACCAUGGAGUCUGAACCCCAAUCGACAUGGAUGACGAGCUUCUUUUUGAUGGUUUAUAACGCUUUCGCGUAUUUAUCGCAAUUACUUCAUUUUGAUCGGGCGAAUAUGAAUAUUGAUCGCAUUCGCAAGUCAUGGAUCAAGGUUGAUCCGAAUAGAACGAUCAUCAAUCGCGCUUACUCUAUGGUAGGGAAGCGCCCUUCGCGGAAUAGUGUUGCACUGUCUAAACCUAAUCAAAUGCUGGGAAGUGAUAAUCACGAUGACUGCAAAACUCUGUUAGACGAUAAUUUCAAUCGUAAACCAGAGAACGGCUCACUUCAUGAGCACUUUGAUGUCGACAACGAAGAGGACCCAUUAUUUGAAUCAUCGCAGGUUGAAGAGACUCAGAAAACAUAA